GGGCGGGCAGAGCCAAGGGCCGCCCCCGGCCGGUCCCUCCCCCAGCCGGGUCCGCCCCUCCCCGCCGCUGCGCUGAAGGAGGGCGGGGCGGGGCCCCCCAGGUCAGUCUCAGCCUCCCGCAUUGGCCGCGCAGCUGGAGGCAGCGGAGCGGAAGCCCCAGCCAUGGCUGCAAUCAGAAAGAAGCUGGUGAUUGUCGGAGAUGGGGCCUGUGGGAAGACCUGCCUCCUCAUCGUCUUCAGCAAGGACCAGUUCCCAGAGGUCUACGUCCCCACUGUCUUUGAGAACUACAUCGCAGACAUAGAGGUGGACGGCAAGCAGGUGGAGCUGGCUCUGUGGGACACGGCCGGGCAGGAAGACUACGAUCGCCUGCGGCCUCUCUCCUACCCGGACACUGACGUCAUCCUCAUGUGCUUCUCCAUCGACAGCCCCGACAGCCUGGAAAACAUUCCUGAGAAGUGGACCCCGGAGGUGAAGCACUUCUGCCCCAACGUGCCCAUCAUCCUAGUGGGGAACAAGAAGGACCUGAGGCAAGAUGAGCAUACGAGGAGAGAGCUGGCCAAGAUGAAGCAGGAGCCCGUGCGAUCUGAGGAGGGCCGGGACAUGGCAAAUCGGAUCAGUGCCUUUGGCUACCUCGAGUGCUCGGCCAAGACCAAGGAGGGGGUGAGGGAGGUAUUUGAGAUGGCCACUCGGGCUGGCCUCCAGGUUCGCAAGAAUAAGCGCCGGAGGGGUUGUCCCAUUCUCUGAGACCCCCAAGGCCUCCCCUGUUCCCCCCCCCCCCCCCCUUCAUAGGGUUGCAGAGCUGCCCACCUCCUGGCCCCAUCCUCUUAGGGCUCCUUGCCGAAGGCUCCCUUUUCAGUUCCUCCCAGCCCAGGACUGCAUCUGAAUUUCUGAAUUUUGCCAGCCCCCCUCCAGCAACCCCGUGGAGGUGGUGGUGGUGGUGGUGGUGGUGGUGGUGGUGGCAGUGGCGGCGGCCCAGCCCUCCCUCCCUAUACUCUGGAACCUAGGGCAAUUCCCUGCCCUUCCAAGAGCAGAGUUCCUCCUCUUGCUGCCUUGGUCCAGGGGUGGGGCUCUUGAUCCCUUCAGCCUUCCCCAUAAGAUCAUCACACACCAGCACUUUAUAUACUUCUGGCUCAUGGGAGUGUCUGGGGUAGGGGACUUGGAGGGUGUAACCCAGAGCCCCAGGCCCCUGACGGUUCUGCUUUGGACUGGGGCCUAGACUCUGGCUCUUCUUGGUGGGGGGACAUGAAUAAAGGCCACAGGCUCCAA